AUGUAUUUCCUCUCCGGCUCUCUCCUUGGAGAACAAUCGUGGAGAAAAGAGAAAAGACAUCUAUAAUCAUGCGUGUGAGAGAGAUUAGAGUCCAAAUCUAAAUUUUGCCUCAACAAGAGUUUUGACAACAUGAUUUCUUCUUUUUAGAUCCCGUUUUCACCUGGUUUUGGUGCCAUAGAGAUGUAUCAGUGGAGGAAAUUCGAGUUCUUUGAAGAAAAAUCUGCCGGGAAAAGCUCAAUUCCCGACGAAGUCACCGGAAAAAUUGAGUGCUGUUCCGGUGGGAGAGGGAAGAUCGUGGUUGGUUGCGAUGACGGCACGGUGAAUUUGCUGGAUCGCGGGUUUAAAUUCAUUUAUGGCUUCCAAGCUCACGCAUCUUCUGUUCUCUUCAUGCAGCAGCUUAAGCAACGCAACUUCCUGCUGACUAUUGGAGAAGAUGAACAAGCAUCACCACAAUUAUCAUCUAUCUGCCUUAAGGUUUUUGACCUUGACAAGAUGCAACCAGAGGGUUCCAGCACAUCAAGUCCUGUUUGCAUUCAAAUAUUACGGAUAUUCACUAACCAGUUUCCUGAAGCAAAGAUUACAUCAUUCUUAGUCCUUGAGGAAGCUCCGCCAAUAUUGCUCAUCUCCAUAGGGCUAGACAACGGUUGCAUUUACUGCAUCAAGGGGGACAUGGCACGUGAGCGCAUAACCCGCUUCAAGCUUCAAGUGGAGAAUAUUUCAGAUAAGAGCCUUUCUUCUAUCACAGGCCUAGGAUUCCGAGUUGAUGGUCAGGCCCUUCAACUCUUUGCUGUGACUCCCAGUUCAGUGAGUUUGUUCAGCCUGCAGGAUCAACCACCUAGGAGGCAAACUCUUGAUCAGAUUGGGUGUGGUGCUAAUAGUGUCACAAUGAGUGAUCGUUUGGAGCUAAUAGUUGGGCGUCCAGAAGCUAUUUAUUUCUAUGAAGUUGAUGGGCGUGGCCCUUGUUGGGCAUUUGAGGGGGAGAAGAAAUUUCUUGGAUGGUUCCGUGGGUACCUCUUAUGUGUUAUUGCAGAUCAAAGAAAUGGAAGAAAUACUUUCAAUGUAUAUGACCUGAAGAACCGACUCAUUGCCCAUAGUUUGAUGGUUAGAGAAGUUUCAUACUUGCUUUGUGAAUGGGGUAACAUAAUCCUUAUAAUGAGUGACAAAACCACUUUGUGCAUAGGAGAGAAGGACAUGGAAAGCAAGUUAGAUAUGCUUUUCAGGAAGAAUCUGUAUACUGUUGCUAUCAAUCUGGUUCAAAGCCAGCAAGCUGAUGCAGCAGCAACUGCUGAAGUGCUAAGGAAAUAUGGGGAUCAUUUAUAUGGGAAACAAGACUAUGAUGAAGCUAUGGCUCAAUAUAUAAACACCAUUGGUCACCUUGAACCUUCUUAUGUGAUACAGAAAUUUCUUGAUGCACAAAGAAUAUACAACCUUACAAAUUACCUGGAAAACUUACAUGAGAAGGGGCUGGCUUCUAAGGACCACACCACUCUCCUUCUCAACUGUUAUACUAAACUGAAAGAUGUUGAGAAGUUAAAUAUGUUUAUCAAAAGUGAAGACAGCAUUGGAGAACAUAAGUUUGAUGUGGAGACUGCAAUAAGGGUAUGCCGUGCUGCGGGGUAUCAUGAACAUGCCAUGUAUGUUGCUAAGAAAUCAGGGAAGCAUGAAUUAUACUUAAAGAUCCUGCUCGAAGAUCUUGGUAGAUAUCAAGAAGCACUAGAAUACAUUUCAAGUCUUGAACCCAGUCAAGCGGGUGCCACAGUAAAAGAGUAUGGAAAGAUUCUCAUUGAGCACAGGCCCAUGGAGACAAUUGAAAUACUCAUGAAGCUGUGUACUGAGGAAGCAGAAUCAGCAAAAAAAGGGAAGUCAAACAGUACAUACAUAUCCAUGUUACCUUCUCCUGUUGAUUUCAUCAACAUUUUCAUUCACCACCCUCAGUCUCUUUUGGAUUUUCUCGAGAAAUACACCAGCAAGGUGAAGGAUUCACCUGCUCAAAUAGAAAUUCACAACACACUCUUGGAGCUCUACCUGUCUAAUGACUUGAAUUUCCCAUCUGUCUCACAAGAAAACACUGUUGUUGAUUCUAGAGCAACAAGUUCAAUGGUAGCAGAUAAGAUGUCUAUGGAAGAUUCCAAGGAAAGAUCAAUUGUUAAGGGAAAAGAUAUUGACAAGGAAAAGGAUCGCCUCAGAAGACUUGAGAAGGGACUACACUUGCUUAAAAAUGCAUGGCCAUCUGACCUGGAACAUCCACUGUAUGAUGUCGAUCUUGCUAUCAUUCUUUGUGAGAUGAAUGCAUUUAAAGAAGGGUUGUUAUUUCUGUAUGAGAAGAUGAAACUUUAUAAAGAAGUGAUUGCUUGCUACAUGCAAGCCCAUGACCAUGAAGGGUUGAUUUCAUGCUGCAAGAAGCUGGGGGAUUCAAGUAAAGGAGGUGAUCCAUCUCUUUGGGGUGAUCUACUGAAAUACUUUGGUGAGCUUGGAGAAGAUUGCUCCAAAGAAGUAAAGGAAGUGUUGACUUAUAUUGAAAGGGAUGACAUAUUACCUCCUAUUGUUGUUCUUCAGACACUGUCCAGAAAUCCAUGUCUCACUCUCUCCGUUGUCAAGGAUUACAUUGCUAGAAAACUUGAAGAAGAAUCAAAACUGAUUGAAGAAGACCGCCGAUCUAUUGAGAAAUACCAGUGAAACUUGGGAUUCUUUUUUUCAACACAGCCCGAAGGCUGUGUUUGGCCAAUGAGGUGGAACUGGAAUGAAUUUCAUUCUGCCUCAAUUCUAGGUGAUUGAAGUGCCCCCUUCCCCAAGUAGAGGAAUCUGGAAUAUUAUGAGAACCACAGGUGACCAAUCUGUUACCAACCCAAAUUCCAUCAAUCUAACAACAGCUUAAAGAGUAUUUUGUUGCAUUUGUAAAUCUAGGUGAACCUGCAGUGCUAUGAUAAAUAUUUCAUUAUAUGGUUCAGAUGGGCUUGUUUAUUGUAUUACUACACAUACUAAAGCAAAGCUUGUUUGCAGCUAUGCUAGCACUUUCUUUCAUAAACUAUUUGUUUUAAUUUUGUAUUCUGUCCAUAUUAAUAUGCUUUUACUUGAUAUUACUUGGAAUAGCACAUUUUUAUACAUUUACCCUCUCUCGAUAUAUAUACUUUAUGUCAGUGACUCAGUAUAGAUCUAGUCUAAAGAUUCGGUAAUGUAGAGAGAGAAAAAAAAAAAAAAACAAGUGGUAACCCCUUAAGCCCAAAAAAACUCUGGGUUAAGGAUACCAGAAAUGGUACAAUAAGAGUAAUACCUGAAGUAAUGAUGAACCAAAACCAGAAAUACAAUGUAAGCCCAUAGAAAAGACCUCAUAGAACAAACCUCUGGAUAUGUCCUCUCAAGCUAAGCUUAUCUGCAAAGUAACUGGCUGAUAUUUUGAUCAAUCUGAACUAGCGAUUCAUUAUCUAGUGAAACGACAUGUAUACCAUGGUCCCAUCAAAAUGGCAUCCAACCUAUGAACCUACUAAAACAUUUUUUGAGAGAAAGAGUAACUGAUUGUAUUAAGAAUCGAAAAGGGAAGUACAUGGGAUAAUGUACAAGAAAAGCCCAACACAGUGGUUACAGAGGCAAGUUUCUGUCACUAAAUAAAACUUCCCUGUGAGCACCAGACUUGGCUAAGUUAUCUGCUAAAGAGUUUAGCUCCCUAGGAAUCCAGAUGAGCUUAACAAGCAAGGAAUCCAAAAGGUCUCUUGCCUCAGUCAGGUGGUGAGCCAAGGGAAAUCCAAUCCUGCUGAUCAAAAAAAAAAAAAAGAAAACUUGAGAAACUCCUAUCCGAAGGUGCUUCCUCCUGAUGGACAUAGUUCAUUCUUAGCCUUGAAUAAAGGCCAGAAUCUUGGCUCCAAGGGAAUCUCUUUAACCUAUUUGGCCUGAAAUAAAAAAAAAAAAAAA